UUCACCGUCUACCGUGUCCACCUCCACGGUCGCAGUCCCCCGAUUAUCAGCGUUGGGCUAUUUGGAUCAGUCGAUCCAUCGCAAACUCCUUACCACCUGGAUCCCCAAACUGACCAUCAAAGCGUCGCCUUCACACACAAGGUCUCAAGUCGCCGGCAGCUCUUCAACUAGCUGUUAAAUAUAUUGCAUUGAAAUCAGUUUUCCCGCGCGUACAAUACACCGCCGGCUCUGUGAUACCUCACUGCAUCCUCGAGCGCACCUUCAAUCCUUCGGAGGACUACCAUAAAUACCUCGUGCUUCCUGCAAAAUGUGUUCAUACAUCCUAAGCUCUUGAUGAUUACUGAAAUCGAACCUCAAGAAGUCGUUCAUGUUCCCGCCGCAACGACGAAGACCGCCACCGUAAUCUUCAUUCAUGGGCUCGGUCAAUCUAACCUGACUUGGUCUCUACUCGUGCAAGAAGCAUUGGCGCCCAAACUACCCCACGUCGAAUGGAUUCUUCCGCAAGCAAAUCACCGUCCAGUCAGCCUUAACCAAGGUCAACUCCGUCCCAGCUGGUUCAAUAUAACCCGUUUACCCCCGGACAAGCACGAAUACGACGAAGCUGUAAUAUCAGAGUCCAUCUCAAGAAUCGAAUCUUUGAUUCUUUCCCAAGUACACUCCGGUCUCGACUCUCGAAGGCUCGUCAUCAUCGGCUUCAGCCAAGGUGCCGCCCUCGGUCUCAUGACCGCACUUUCGACUCUUCAUGAGCUUGGAGGGGUGGCAAGUCUAUCUGGAUGGAUUCCCGUGCGAGCACGACACACACUAACCCCUGCAGGCAAACUGCCUAUUCUGUGGUGCCAUGGCCUAACAGAUGGCGAGAUACCGAUAGAAUGUGGUCGGGAUGCUGUAGAAUAUCUCCGAUCAUCACUUGAAGUUUCUAGUGAGCUACGGUUCAAAACAUACCCUAAACUAGCACAUAAUAUCUGUGACGAGGAGUUGAACGAUCUGGUUUCAUGGCUAGAAUCCGUUCUGGAUCAUCGAUGUGUUUGCGCCGCGAAAUAGAUUGCGAGCAGUAUCAUUAUCCCUGAUGUAUCAGCAGUAGAAUCUCAGUGUCCUUCCC